CACCACUGUGAUCAUGAAGAUUGCUGUGAUUGGGCAGAGUUUAUUUGGCCAGGAAGUUUACUGCCACUUGAAGAAGGAGGGCUAUGAAGUGGUGGGUGUGUUCACUGUCCCAGACAAGGAUGGGAAGGCAGAUCCCCUAGGCCUGGAAGCCGAGAAGGAUGGAGUGCCAGUGUUCAAAUUUCCCCGCUGGCGGGUGCGAGGGCAGAUUCUGCCGGAGGUGAUGGCCCAGUACCAGACUCUGGGGGCCGAGCUCAAUGUCCUGCCCUUCUGUAGCCAGUUCAUCCCCAUGGAAAUCAUCAAUGCCCCCCGGCAUGGCUCCAUCAUCUACCACCCGUCUCUACUCCCCAGACACCGAGGGGCUUCGGCAAUCAACUGGACCCUCAUCCAUGGAGACAAGAAAGGAGGCUUCACCAUUUUCUGGGCAGAUGAUGGUCUGGACACUGGGGAUCUUCUGCUCCAGAAGGAGUGUGAGGUCCUCCCAGAUGACACCGUGAGCACUUUGUACAACCGCUUCCUCUUCCCUGAAGGCAUCAAGGGGAUGGUGCAGGCUGUGAGGCUGAUUGCUGAGGGAAGAGCUCCAAGAAUCCCUCAGCCUGAGAAAGGGGCCACCUAUGAAGGGAUUCAAAAGAAGGAAACAGCCAAGAUCAAUUGGGACCAGCCAGCCGAAGCCAUUCAUAACUGGAUCCGUGGGAACGACAAGGUGCCCGGUGCCUGGACUGAGGCCUGUGGACAGAAGCUCACAUUUUUCAACUCGACCCUGAACACUUCAGGUCUGGUGCCUGAGGGUGAAGCUCUACCCAUCACAGGAGCCCACCGGCCAGGAGUGAUCACAAAAGCAGGACUCCUCCUCUUUGGGAAUGAUGACAGGAUGCUGCUGGUGAAGAACAUCCAGUUUGAGGAUGGCAAGAUGAUCCUGGCCUCACACUUCUUCCAGGGAGCAACUGGUAACGCCCUGGAGCUGACAGAGGAGGAGCUGGUCACUGCAGAGGCCAUGAGGAGUGUCUGGCAGAGGAUCCUCCCCAAUGUCAUGAAAGUUGAGGACUCCACUGAUUUCUUUAAGUCCGGGGCUGCAUCGGUGGAUGUUGUGAGACUGGUGGAGGAAGUAAAGGAUCUGUGUGAUGGCCUAGAAUUAGAAAAUGAAGAUGUUUACAUGGCAACCACCUUUGGGGACUUCAUCCAGUUGUUAGUGAGAAAGCUGAGAGGGGAAGACGAAGACGAUGAACAAGUCAUUGAUUAUGUGGAAAUGUCAGUGAAUAAGCAGACCAUCCGAAUGCCCCACCAGCUCUUCAUUGGGGGGAAGUUUAUGGAUGCAGAAGAUGCUAAGACCUAUGACACCAUCAACCCUACAGAUGGAAGCGUCAUCUGCCAGGUGUCCCUGCCCCAGGCUGCUGAUGUUGACAAGGCAGUGGCUGCCGCAAAGGACGCCUUUGAGAAUGGGUUGUGGGGAAAGAUUAAUGCACGGGACCGGGGACAGCUUCUAUACAAGUUGGCGGAUCUCAUGGAGCAGCACCAGGAAGAGUUGGCCACCAUUGAGUCUCUGGAUGCAGGUGCUGUCUACACGCUGGCCCUGAAGACCCAUGUGGGCAUGUCCAUCCAGACCUUCCGCUACUUUGCUGGCUGGUGUGACAAGAUCCAGGGUUCUACCAUCCCCAUCAACCAGGCCAGACCCAACCGCAACCUGACUUUGACCAAGAAGGAGCCUAUUGGAGUCUGUGGCAUUAUCAUCCCGUGGAACUACCCCCUAAUGAUGCUCUCCUGGAAGACUGCUCCCUGUCUGGCAGCCGGGAACACUGUGGUGAUCAAGCCUGCCCAGGUGACCCCACUCACAGCCUUGAAGUUUGGAGAGUUGGCAGUGAAGGCUGGCAUCCCCAAGGGUGUGAUCAACAUCCUCCCAGGAUCUGGCAUUCAUGUUGGCCAGAGACUCUCAGACCAUCCUGAUGUGAGGAAAAUUGGAUUCACAGGCUCCACAGAGGUGGGGAAGCACAUCAUGAAAAGCUGUGCCCUGAGUAACCUGAAGAAGGUCUCCUUGGAGCUGGGUGGAAAGUCACCCCUCAUCAUCUUUGCUGACUGUGACCUGAACAAGGCUGUGCAGAUGGGGAUGAGUUCAGUGUUUUUCAACAAAGGAGAGAACUGCAUUGCAGCUGGCCGGCUCUUCGUAGAGGACUCCAUUCAUGACCAGUUUGUGCAGAAAGUGGUAGAAGAGGUGAAGAAGAUGAAGAUUGGAAACCCAUUAGACCGAGACACCACCCAUGGGCCUCAGAACCACAAAGCCCACCUCAAUAAGCUGAUUGAGUACUGCCAGCGUGGUGUGAAGGAAGGGGCCACACUGGUCUGUGGUGGGAAUCAAGUCCCACGGCCAGGCUUCUUCUUUGAGCCUACCGUGCUGACUAAUGUGGAGGACCACAUGUUCAUAGCCAAGGAGGAGUCCUUUGGGCCCAUCAUGAUCAUCUCUCGGUUUGCUGAUGGUGAUGUGGACACUGUGCUGUCACGGGCCAAUGCCACAGAAUUUGGCUUGGCCUCUGGCAUCUUCACUAGGGACAUCAACAAGGCCCUGUAUAUCAGCGACAAGCUCCAGGCAGGCACAGUGUUCAUCAACACGUACAACAAGACUGACGUGGCUGCUCCUUUUGGGGGCUUCAAGCAGUCUGGAUUUGGCAAGGACCUGGGAGAGGAAGCCCUCCAUGAAUACCUGAGGAUCAAGACAAUUACCUUUGAGUACUGA